UCGCCAUAACCUCCAUCUACGAUAUUAUGCAUUCCUCACUUAAAAGCUCCAAUUCAAGGUAUUGAGCCUAGAGCUAUUGAGUCCUUCCAAUCUUCCCAUUCAUGAUAUGGUCUCAUUUUCCCGCUCACCAUUUGAGGUCCUUUCUUGUUCAUGUGGUGUCUGUUCGCCUUCAUGCUGACGUCAUUCAUGUGCAUGAACUAUUAAAAGAGGCCUCUUCAACAGGAGAAGGACAGAGCAGCUCGACUCAACGAAUGGGCCUUGUUGAUCUCGGGCCAGUCUCAAUUGCGUCUCGAACACGCCAUCUGCAGUGUGCAUGUAUACCUACAUAAGUACGAGUACAUGUAUAGCAAUGUUUGACUGGAUGGACAUGGGAGAGAGAUGAUGGGUGUGGGGUUUUGUAGCCAACCACCGCUCCAACGCUCCAUCGCUCCUUCUACACAUUUGCAGUGAUAUAUGAGUGAAGAUAUGGAGUUGAUCUUUUGAACGUUCAGCCCCCAGUUUAUCAAACAAAAGAUGACUAUGUUGUUUGUACUACAAAGAUGACUAUGCUCAUGUGUUGGGUGAAUCAGGUGAGAGCUGAGAAGGCGUCUCGUCCAGCCAGACAAACGAAGAACGGGCAUCUUGGCAUCCUUGGGGGCCAUGGAUCCACAAACGGCGAGGAAAUCCGUCCUGGUUUUGGAUGUGGGCACCACGACCGUGAAGGCCUUUAUCUUCGAUGGGACAGCUCAGGUGCUGGGACAAGCCUCGGUGAAGUUAAAUCUGGUCUAUCCACACCCGGGAUGGGUGGAGAUCAAGCCGGAUCAUCUUUGGGAUUGCGUUGUUCGGGUGAUCCAAGAGGCGCAAAAAGAUUCGGGGAUUGGCUUUAAGGAGAUCACUUGUAUGGGGAUUAGCACGCUCAGAGCCACGUUUGUCACAUGGAAUAAGACGACGGGGAAAGAGUUCCAUAAUUUCAUCACGUGGAAAGACAUUCGAGCGGAUGCUCUCGUCAAGUCGUGGAACCAGUCUUUAACUAUGAAGGGCUUGAGGGCUGGCUCCGGGGCUUUACAUUUCCUUACUGGGCAGAAGCGAUUCAAAGUGGCGAGCAUUCUGUCGCUUCAGAACAAGAUGGUCAACAUGAGAUUGCUGUGGGCGUUACAGAACUGUCCGGAUCUUGCUCAAGCCGCCAAAAGUAGCAAUGCUCUUUUUGGCACGGUGGAUACGUGGCUACUCUACAAGUUAUCCAAAGGCUCCAAACACAUGUCAGAUGUGGGCAACGCAUCUGCCACUGGUCUCUACGACCCCUUCACAAUGGCAUACGGAGAUUGGGCUUUCAAACUGUUUGGUAUUCCCCAAAACAUCAUGCCGGAAGUGGUGGACACGGCUGGCUCUCAUUUUGGAGCAGUGGAUCCCUCGAUAUUCGGGAGCUCCAUUCCAAUCCGUUCCAUCAUGGCCGAUCAAUCGGCCGCGGCUUUUGGUUCGGGGUGCUUUCAACUGGGAGACGCCAAAAUGACCUUGGGCACUGGUUCCUUCUUAGACGUGAAUUCGGGCCAAAAACCUCACGCGUCUAUCAACGGCUUGGUCCCGGUGAUUGGCUGGCGAACCAAAGACGAUUUGGUCUUUUUUGCCGAAGGGUGUAAAAAUGAUACAAGCUCGGUCAUUGAAUGGGGCUUGGGGAUGAACUUUUUCGAGGACCCGGCCGAAACCAGUGAUAUUGCCGAAUCUGUGGCAAACCAAGACUUCUCUCUCUUUUUCGUACCCGGGUUUUGCGGUCUUCAAGCCCCCAUCUCGGAUCCAAGUGCCACAGCAGGAUUGAUUGGAAUGAAUCCGAAAACAAGCCGUCCAGAUAUUGUCCGUGCCAUCUUAGAAUCAAUUGCUUUCACUAUGAAACAACUCGUUCAAACAAUGGACGAGGAGUCCGAUUACGAAAUUAAAGACAUUCAGAUCGAUGGUGGAGUGUCAUGCAACAAUUUCAUUGUUCAAAUGAUUGCCAAUUUAACGGGUCGGCCCAUUUUCAGGGCAUCUUCCUCCGAAAUGUCGGCCUUUGGAACUGCUUUUAUGGCUGGAUUAAACGAAGGUGUUUGGAACUCAUUGGAAGACUUGAAGAAAUUGCGAUCGAUUGAGAGGGUUUUCCAACCUUGUCAAGAUGAAAAACAUUUGGCCGAUCUCAAAAGACAUUACGAAAGGUGGAUUGCCGCUUGCCAUAGAUUCACACAUUGGAACACCGACACUAAAUCUCUGUGAUACUCUUCCCGUAACUUCAUUUCUGGUGCUGUUCACAUCCUCUGAAUUUAAAGACACACUGAUCUACUCUUUCAUUCUUUCAUACUCUCUCUGAACACUUUUAUAUUCCACACUGAACUGCUUUUUAGCACCAUUGACGAAUAAAAGUGACAUGUUAUAUGUGUACUCUAAAUCAAAAAAGCUUUGAUUACAUCGACCUUUCUCCUUU